UUUGGGCCUGAACUGCUGGUGGGCCUGGAGCGUUGUUAAGCGUCGCAUUGCCAAAGUGAGAGCCGCUGGAGAACUCAUAAUCCCAGCAGCGCCUCUUCUACUCCCCGAGUACCCGAGUGACCAGAGUGAGAGAAGCUCUGAAGGAGGGCACGCAGCUUGAAGGACGGUGGACAGAUGUGACCGGGAGCCUGUGUUAAGUUGUACAAUGAUAGAUGGAGUGAUGAUUCUUCCUGUGCUUAUAAUGAUUGCUUUCCCCUCCCCUAGUAUGGAAGAUGAGAAGCCCAAGGUCAGCCCCAAACUCUACAUGUGUGUGUGUGAAGGCCUUUCCUGCGGUAAUGAGGACCACUGUGAAGGCCAGCAGUGCUUUUCCUCACUGAGCAUCAAUGAUGGCUUCCACGUCUACCAGAAAGGCUGCUUCCAGGUUUAUGAGCAGGGAAAGAUGACCUGUAAGACCCCACCAUCCCCUGGCCAAGCUGUGGAGUGCUGCCAAGGGGACUGGUGUAAUAGGAACAUCACGGCACAGCUGCCCACAAAAGGAAAAUCCUUCCCUGGAACACAGAGUUUCCACUUGGAGAUCGGCCUCAUUAUUCUCUCUGUAGUGUUCGCAGUAUGUCUUUUAGCCUGCUUGCUGGGAGUGGCACUCCGAAAAUUUAAAAGACGCAACCAAGAACGUCUCAAUCCCCGAGAUGUGGAGUAUGGCACCAUUGAAGGGCUUAUCACCACCAAUGUCGGAGACAGCACUUUGGCAGAUUUAUUGGAUCAUUCAUGUACAUCAGGAAGUGGCUCUGGUCUUCCCUUUCUGGUACAAAGAACAGUGGCUCGCCAGAUUACACUGUUGGAGUGUGUCGGGAAAGGCAGGUAUGGUGAAGUGUGGAGGGGCAGUUGGCAAGGGGAAAAUGUUGCUGUGAAGAUCUUUUCCUCCCGUGAUGAGAAGUCAUGGUUCAGGGAAACAGAAUUGUACAACACUGUGAUGCUGAGGCAUGAAAAUAUCUUAGGUUUUAUUGCUUCAGACAUGACAUCAAGACACUCCAGUACCCAGCUGUGGUUAAUUACACAUUAUCAUGAAAUGGGAUCUUUGUACGACUAUCUUCAGCUUACUACUCUGGAUACAGUUAGCUGCCUUCGAAUAGUGCUGUCCAUAGCGAGUGGUCUUGCACAUUUGCACAUAGAGAUAUUCGGGACCCAAGGGAAACCAGCCAUUGCCCAUCGAGAUUUAAAGAGCAAAAACAUUCUGGUUAAGAAGAAUGGACAGUGUUGCAUAGCAGAUUUGGGCUUGGCAGUCAUGCAUUCCCAGAGCACCAAUCAGCUUGAUGUGGGGAACAAUCCCCGUGUGGGCACAAAGCGCUACAUGGCCCCCGAAGUUCUAGAUGAAACCAUCCAGGUGGAUUGUUUUGAUUCCUAUAAAAGGGUCGAUAUUUGGGCCUUUGGACUUGUUUUGUGGGAAGUGGCCAGGCGGAUGGUGAGCAAUGGUAUAGUGGAGGAUUACAAGCCACCAUUCUACGAUGUGGUUCCCAAUGACCCAAGUUUUGAAGAUAUGAGGAAAGUAGUCUGUGUGGAUCAACAGAGGCCAAACAUACCCAACAGAUGGUUCUCAGACCCGACAUUAACCUCUCUGGCCAAGCUAAUGAAAGAAUGCUGGUAUCAGAAUCCAUCCGCAAGACUCACAGCACUGCGUAUCAAAAAGACUCUGACCAAAAUUGAUAAUUCCCUCGACAAAUUGAAAACUGACUGUUGACAUUUUCAUAGUGUCAAGAAGGAAGAUUUGACGUUGUUGUCAUUGUCCAGCUGGGACCUAAUGCUGGCCUGACUGGUUGUCAGAACAGAAUCCAUCUGUCUCCCUCCCCAAAAGGCUGCUUUCACAAGGCAGACAUCAUACCCAGCCAUAUGUUGGGGAGACAUCAAAACCACCCUAACCUCUCUCGAUGACUGUGAACUGGGCAUUUCACGAACUGUUCACACUGCAGAGACUAAUGUUGGACAGACACUGUUGCAAAGGUAGGGACUGGAGGAACACAGAGAAAUCCUAAAAGAGAUCUGGGCAUUAAGAUGGUGGCUUUGCAUAGCUUUCACAAGUCUCCUAGAUACUCCCCACGGGAAACUCAAGGAGGUGGUGAAUUUUUAAUCAGCAAUAUUGCCUGUGCUUCUCUUCUUUAUUGCACUAGGAAUUCUUUGCAUUCCUUACUUGCACUGUUACUCUUAAUUUUAAAGACCCAACUUGCCAAAACGUUGGCUGCAUACUCCACUGGUCUGUCUUUGGAUAAUAGGAAUUCAAUUUGGCAAAACAAAAUGUAAUGUCAGACUUUGCUGCAUUUUACACAUGUGCUGAUGUUUACAAUGAUGCCGAACAUUAGGAAUUGUUUAUACACAACUUUGCAAAUUAUUUAUUACUUGUGCACUUAGUAGUUUUUACAAAACUGCUUCGUGCAUAUGUUAAAGCUUAUUUUUAUGUGGUCUUAUGAUUUUGUUACCGAAAUGUUUUAAACACUAUACUCUAAAAUGGACAUUUUCUUUUAUUAUCAGUUAAAUUCACAUUUUAAGUGCUUCACAUUUGUAUGUGUGUAGACUGUAACUUUUUUUCAGUUCAUAUGCAGAACGUAUUUAGCCAUUACCCACGUGACACCACCGAAUAUAUUACUGAUUUAGAAGCAAAGAUUUCAGUAGAAUUUUAGUCCUGAACGCUACGGGGAAAAUGCAUUUUCUUCAGAAUUAUCCAUUAUGUGCAUUUAAACUCUGCCAGAAAAAAAAUAACUAUUUUGUUUUAAUCUACUUUUUGUAUUUAGUAGUUAUUUGUAUAAAUUAAAUAAACUGUUUUCAAGUCAAA